ACAUCAAGGAACUUAACCAUAUGCAUCAUUGCUACAGCUCUAAAAUUUUCAGCAAUAAAGCAAUAAAUAAAGAAUUUUAAAUUGUCAACUGUAAAACAAUUGAAAACGUCCGUUCAAUAUAAUCCUUCCUCAUUAUUAAAAAAGUGUAUAAUACCCACCUAAUUUUUUCAACUAUACUAAAAAGGAUACAGAAAGAUAAAUGACAAAUGCUUGUAAUAAAAUAAAUAAGAAAAAUUGGGUAUAUGAUAGAAAAACCAAACAGAAGCAAUACAGUUAGAGCAAAAAACUGUAACAUCACAAAUUAGUGAAAAAUCGUAAAAUAUAAAAAUACGAAAAAUAAAUUUCUCAUGUCCCAUCGUUGUUCAGGCUAUAUUUUAUUUUCUUAUGCCCUUCAUUGCUGUACCGAAUAACUAAAACAUUUUUUACAUAAAUGUUAACAGUUGACAGCACUCUUACAUAUAACAAUAAAUAAGGAUAACAACAUAAGAUACGAAUGGAGUAGUAAAACAACAACAACAACAACAAUUAGAGAGUGUAUAAAAGUAAAAUUUUUAAGAUCAAGUUAAAAAAAAAUCAUAAAAAGUACACCUAUUUAUUGCUUGCGAGUGCAAUAUUUGUAAUAUAAUUAGAUAAAUAUAUGAAGCAUUGUAUAAAAAGCUAAUUGGCAAAAAAGACUAUCAAAAAAUAAAAUGGCGACACCCCCAGAUUCUCCAGGAAUUGAAGAAGUCGUGUACGAAUUAGAGCCAACAAGGGUACCUAAACCGAUUCCUGUAGCCUUAGAUGACUUAUGUAGGCAAACAAAAUUUACAAGACAAGAAAUUCGUGUAAUGUACCGUGGAUUUAAGACAGAAUGUCCCGAAGGCGUUGUACAUGAAGACUCGUUUAAAGAUAUUUAUGCCAAAUUUUUUCCGCAUGGAAAUUCCAGCAUUUAUGCUCAUUAUGUUUUCAAAGCAUUUGACGUGAAUUGUAAUGGAGCUAUCAGCUUUCGUGAUUUAUUGGUUACACUUUCGACGUUAUUACGUGGCUCAGUUUAUGAAAGAUUACGAUGGACUUUUAAACUAUAUGAUUUAAAUGGCGAUGGAUGUAUUAGUAGAGGAGAAUUGGGUGAAGUCAUAUCGGCAGUACAUGAGCUUAUGGGAAGACGACCAAGUCAACCAGAUGACGAUGUUAAAGCGAGAGAGCAGGUCGAAAGAGUAUUUAAAAAGCUGGACUUAAAUCAAGAUGGCGUUAUUACAAUUGAAGAAUUUCUUGAAGCAUGUCUAAAAGACGAUGUAGUAACAAAAUCCUUACAAAUGUUUGAUACUGGGCUCUGAUGACGAUCAGCAAGCAUCAAAUUAUCGUCACGCAAAAACUCAGAUAACAUAUCGCUAAUCAAUUUGUAAAAAAUCGCUCCAAUUAAC